UGAGAGUGUAUGGUUUAUUCAGGACCUUUUAUUCAAAUGUUGAACAUUUAUUAAGACGUCUUAUAGAAAAAAUUAAUAUUUUUACGAAAUGUAUGUAAUGUAGAAACGGGGCGUGGUCGAUAGCCCGAAAAAAAUCUUGCCCAAUCUCACGAGAAAAUAUGAGAUUUUACCGAUUAUUGUUUACAUUGCGAAAGAUGAGGACCGAACCGAAUCGCCCCGGAUUUUAACUGAUCAUCCUGGGGAAGAGCUUCACUUCUUACUCACGUCGUGUUUGCUCUGGGGAGAGAGAGAGAGAGAGAGAGAGACGUGCACACGGGACUCGGAGUUGAGACGCAGCUGUGAUUACUUGAGGCGUUGAGCCCCGGCUCGGUGCUGCUGGCCCGCAGUAGAGACAUCGGCAACGGAUCCAUUCGAGAAGAGACUCGAGAUUGAAGUCGCUCGGAGCGGUGCAGCCUUGACCGGCGCUCUUUGGAAAAUCGCAGUGUAGGCAGCAUGCCAUCGCUUUGUACGAUAAUAAAAGGGGAGUAUACAGCCUGAUCAAUUGACACAACGUCUUUAAACCCGAAACGUGAGGCGAGAAAAGGUUGACCAAUUCGAGGCCUCGUGUCGGGAGAUCCCGCAUCCUACGCUUGCCGCUCGGAGUCGGAGCCGAAAACCACGCGCCUUGCGCCGCAUCGUCGCGCUGGCGAGACUCGGGGAUUCGAGGCCUUGCUCGGGAAUGUCUGGCUAACCCAGGACGAGGGCUGUAGUGACAAAGAGGGGGAGAGCGGUCACAAACUAAACCCCCAAAAAGAAAAUAAAUAUAUACAUCACAAGUCAAAACCGUCGACAGUUCAGUCAUGAUGGAGGAACUGCAUAGCUUGGAUCCUCGGAGGCAGGAGCUACUCGAGGCUCGAUUCACUGGGGUCGGAGUCGCCAAGGGUUCCGGGCACAACGAGUCAUCCAAUCAUAGUCUGUGUAGCGUGGGCUCUCUGAGUGACAAAGAGCUUGAGACACCUGAAAAGAAGCCAAAUGACCAGCGAACACGAAAGAGAAAAGGAGACCCAUUUGACAGCCAAGCCAAAGCAGGAAGUCGAGGACACAAAAUCAGUGAUUAUUUUGAGUUUGCGGGGGGUAGUGGUACUGGCACUAGUCCGGCUCGUGGUAUUCCUCCUGUGGUUCGCUCUUCCCCGCAGCACUCUCUCUCCAACCCUCCUGCUGCAGUGCAGCAAGGAAGCCCGUCCUCUAUCAAUUCCAAUACAGACCACUCCCAUUCAUCGUGCGUCCUUAAACCAGCUUUCACACACACGCAGCACCGGGCAACACAGUCGGACAUGACUCUAGACAAGCUGGCCGCAUUGGAGAACAGUAAGAGUUCCGACCUUGAGAAGAAAGAGGGACGGAUCGAUGAUUUGCUCAGGGUGAACUGUGACCUACGCAGACAGAUCGAUGAGCAGCAGAGAAUGUUGGAGCGCUGUAAGGAACGCCUUAACAAGUGUGUGACCAUGAGCAAGAAGCUGCUCAUUGAGAAGUCGAAGCAGGAGAAGAUGGCAUGCAGGGACAAGAGCAUGCAGGACCGUCUCCGGCUGGGCCAUUUCACUACUGUGCGACACGGCGCGUCCUUUACAGAGCAGUGGACCGAUGGAUAUGCAUUUCAAAAUUUAAUCAAGCAGCAGGAGCGGGUAAACUCUCAAAGAGAGGACAUUGAGAGACAAAGGAAGCUUCUGGCUAAGAAGAAGCCACCCAGCGCAGCCCAGACUCCGCCACCCAACCUGGAACCCAAUAAACGCAAGAACAAGAGCAAUGGAGCAGAGAAUGAAAUGUUAUCACUAGCGGAAUAUCACGAGCAAGAAGAGAUUUUCAAAUUGAGACUUGGUCACUUAAAGAAGGAGGAAGCAGAGAUCCAAGUUGAAUUGGAGAGGCUGGAACGAGUGCGGAAUCUUCACAUCCGAGAGCUUAAGAGAAUACACAAUGAAGAUAACUCCCAGUUUAAAGAUCACCCCACACUGAACGACCGCUACCUGCUCCUGCAUUUGCUCGGCCGAGGUGGAUUUAGUGAAGUCUACAAGGCUUUUGACUUAACAGAACAGCGGUACGUUGCUGUGAAAAUUCAUCAACUCAAUAAAAAUUGGAGAGACGAGAAAAAAGAAAACUACCACAAACAUGCCUGCCGAGAGUAUCGCAUCCAUAAGGAACUGGAUCAUCCCAGAAUAGUCAAACUCUACGACUACUUCUCUCUGGACACCGACUCGUUCUGCACAGUGCUUGAGUAUUGUGAAGGCAAUGAUCUGGAUUUCUACCUGAAGCAACACAAGCUAAUGUCUGAGAAAGAGGGCCGGUCAAUCAUCAUGCAGGUGGUCAACGCGCUAAAGUAUCUGAACGAGAUUCGCCCACCAAUUAUCCAUUAUGAUCUUAAACCAGGUAACAUCCUGCUGGUGAAUGGCACAGCGUGUGGGGAGAUAAAAAUCACAGACUUUGGUUUGUCUAAGAUCAUGGACGACGACAACUACGGCGUGGACGGCAUGGAGCUUACAUCACAAGGAGCUGGGACUUACUGGUACCUGCCCCCGGAAUGCUUUGUGGUAGGGAAAGAGCCACCCAAAAUCUCCAACAAAGUGGAUGUGUGGUCGGUUGGAGUGAUCUUCUACCAGUGCCUAUAUGGGAAAAAGCCGUUUGGUCAUAAUCAGUCGCAGCAGGAUAUCCUACAGGAGAACACUAUACUUAAAGCAACAGAUGUGCAGUUCCCUCCCAAACCCGGAGUUUCACCUGAGGCUAAGGCCUUCAUUCGUCGGUGUUUGGUGUACCGCAAGGAGGACCGUAUUGAUGUCCAUCAGCUGGCCAGUGACUCCUUCCUGCUUCCUCACAUCCGCAAAUCCGUGGCCACCACAGGCAACUCCGGCACGGCCGUCGCCUCCACCUCCAGCUCAUCCAAUAGCAGCGCCUCAAACUGAGAGCCCCGCCCAUUCAUACACCGUCGGAUUGGAGCAGAACGAGCCGGGCUUUGUAUUUGCCUUAUUUGGCUCUGCAGCGCCCUAAGGUGGAAGAUCUGCCUCUAAGUAUACAGAGAGAGAACGAGAGAGCAGUCGGAAAGGGGAAAGAGGGACUGAUGGAACGCUGGAGCAGUGUUCAUCCCUCGGUUACCCCUCUUUCUCUCCCCAGCAUUGCAAAUCAGGUGUGGGGAGAGGAGGGGUUUUUUUAUUUUAUUUUUAUUAUUUUUUUAGAGGCAUCCUUAAUGUAAGAGAGAGAAAUUCUCAAGGCUGUGUCAUGCUGAAAAUAAAAAUGGACUGAGUGGGGACAGAUUCACAAGUGGUUGGACAGAAAAUGGACUAUGUGCCCUAUACCCCACAUAUACACAGACACACACACACACAGACAUAUUCAUUGACAGUUAUCUUCAGUUAUAUUUGAAGGCAAAUAGCUAAAGAUGUUGGAAAACGUCCUCAGUCCUACAACAGUGUCUUCUGUGUAAGAUAUUGCAAAUGAGUUACUUCUCUUUCCCAGUGUCCACUUUCUGCUCUACACCCUCCAACGAGGGAAGUUUUGUUAGUGAGCUUACAUCAAUGUCAGUUGCCCCAAAUUCAAAACCGCCAUCGUUCAAACCACCAACGAAUGCUAAGUGUCUUACAGUUUGUUUGUUUUUCCCUUCUUGGAGAGGGGAGAGAGAGAGAGAGAGAGAGAGAGAGAGAGAGAGAGAGAGAGAGAGAGAGAGAACCUUGUGUUAGUCAGUCUAUUUCCACUCCUUACAUUUCUGUGACCAAAGCGGAGCUCUGCCAGCAGGUGGUGCUGUUUAACUUGAGAUUUCUUUUCCCUAAGUAUUAUUUUAAAAUGGUUUUAAUGCAUUUUUUUUUUUUUUUUAUAGAAAAAAGCUAUUGUUUUAGUUUUAGCCUUACUAACUGAUGGCCCCAAGUAUGUUCUAUUUUCUGUUACAAUUGGAAAAAAUUAACACUUUUUUGGUUUUUAAUCUGAGAUGUUUUAUUUUUAUUGUAUUUUUUUACUUGAUUAUAAUGCACAUACAUACACAUGCGCAUACACUCAGACCCCCACACACAUGCACACACACACACACACACACACACACACACACACACACAUAUAUUUAUUUAGGUCUGUUUAAAUAGCUAAUUCCUUGUCCUGAUUGUCUACUGUGUGGGAAAGAGGACUUUUUGGGGGGGUAAUUAAAGACAGGUACAGGGCGGAAAUGGCAAUGAUCAUUAAAUACUGUUGGUAAAAAAAAAACUCUGCUCUUGUGAACUUGAUUUAUUUUUUUGCCUUUUUAUUUUUAUUUUUUUAUUUUUUAUUUUUUUUUAAAUCAUACUGGAACCUUUUAUUUAUUCUUUUGUUUUGGAGUAGAAAUCUGGAAUCAUCCUGCACAGAAAAAAAAGAAAUGUUUAACAUUGUGUGGUUGAGUAACUGCUACCAUCCCCUAGAUAUCAGAAGAUAACUUUAAUGUCAAAUGUAAAUUAGUUCUGGUAUUCAUUCACUGUAUAUCAGUUAUAAACUGUUGUUUGCUUACAA